AUUAUAUUAUUGAAUCACUUGAACUGCGAGGGUUUAAAAGACAGGAAGUUUGCACCUAUCUAUCUGUCACUCUCAGCUGAUUCAUUCACCCCGCCGGACGACAUUUAUUUAUUGUAUUUUUAUUUUCUUUUUUUUACACGCAUUGCUGUAAUAAAGAUCCACUUCUGUUUGCUUAAUAUUAUUUCUCAAUGAAAGCUAAGAGAAUCAUCAGAACAUAUAAAUAUUUAUGACAAGUAAACAUCAGGAUGGUUCAUUGAGUGAAUGAUAGAAAGUGAACUGUGCUCUGGUCUCAGUCCAAAAAUAUGUGACAGUGUUCAAAGUAUCUGAACGGAGUAAUGGCUUCGAUCUGUCGACGUUGGAGAUUAUGGAUAUUGCCUGUACUAACCUGUCUAUAUGCACUGCUCAUUAUUGUACUCGUACCGAUUCUGCUAGUCAAUUGCAUCAAACAUAGUUCCAUCGAAAAAAAUCAAGGCGCGCUGGUGGGUGGUGUUUUUGUCUUGCUAGCAUUACCCAUUGCCUUUUACGAGAUUGUUCAGCACAUGAUCUAUUAUACGCAGCCUAGACUACAGAAAUAUAUAAUAAGGAUAUUAUGGAUGGUACCCAUCUAUGCAAUGAAUGCUUGGUUAGGUUUGAUGUAUCCUGCAGGCAGUAUAUACGUGGAUAGCUUAAGAGAAUGCUAUGAAGCUUAUGUGAUAUAUAAUUUCAUGAUGUAUCUAUUGGCCUAUUUGAACUCCGACCAUCAAUUGGAACAUAGACUAGAAAUCUCGCCUCAAGUGCACCAUAUGUUUCCUCUGUGCUGUCUUCCCAACUGGGAAAUGGGCAGAGAGUUUGUACAUAUGUGCAAGCAUGGAAUUUUACAAUAUACAGCUGUUAGACCUAUAUCAACUUUAGUAUCAUUCAUCUGCGAAUUGAAUGGCGUAUAUGGAGAGGGUGAAUUUAGAGGAGACGUCGCUUUUCCAUAUAUGAUUGCUUUAAACAAUCUGUCACAAUUUGUUGCCAUGUACUGUUUGGUACUCUUUUAUCGUGCCAAUGUGGAAGCCUUGAAGCCAAUGAAACCAAUUGGGAAAUUUCUAUGUAUCAAAGCUGUAGUGUUUUUCUCGUUUUUUCAAGGAGUGUUAAUAGCUCUAUUGGUAUACUUCAAUGUUAUAUCAAGUAUUUUUAAUACACAAAAUACAGAUGCCAUCAGAAAUAUUUCAUCCAAGUUGCAGGAUUUUCUAAUUUGUAUAGAGAUGUUUUUAGCCGCGAUAGCGCAUCACUACAGCUUUUCCUACAAACCAUUUGUCAAUUUAGCACAGGGUCAAGCAUGGUGGGACGCAUUUAGAGCAAUGUGGGAUGUUUCUGAUGUGCAUAAUGAUAUAAAAGAACAUUUGGGCGUCGUCGGCUCGUCCUUAAGUCGCAGGAUACGUGGACGCGGUGCAUAUCAGCAGGCUUGGGGAAGUGCGACGGAGCGUACGUCGCUCUUGCCCGAGGCCACGGUAAUAAGCCAGGCUAGAAGUGCGCCUACCUGCUCAUUUUCGGGCUACAACACGGCUGAGGCCGGACUGAAUAAUAAUCCAUCCAUCGCGGAAUCAGAAGAGGCGACCCCAGACGCGCAGGAUAAUAGUAAUACCAUUAAUACGUAGCCAAUAUAUCUGAAUCCAUCCACACGAAAACGGUACUCAAUUGCGGUGCGUUAUGAAACCGGCGUAUUUUGAUGGAAAUUAUUUUUUAGUAUUAUUUUUUAAGCCGAAAAAAGUACAUAGUUUUGCAACAACAUUCUUUCCACAUUAUUGUACAAAUCAUAGUCAUUUAUUAUCACAUUACAUAUCGCAUUGGGACACAAUGUUCCGAUAUCAUGAGAUGUUCUUUUUAUGAUUAAUGCGGGAACAAUUUUUUCUUAGUGAAAACAUUGAAAUAGUUUUGACACUGUAUAUCUUUUUAUUUAAGUUCAAGUAAAAUUUUUUUUAAUUUUAUCAAAAAUUAUGUAAAAAGUUAAUUUUAUUGUUUAUAAUUUCGAGUCGAUUUGAAAAAUCUGUAGCGAAAACAUCUAGUGAUUUUGGAGCAUUCUAUUUAAUAUUUACGAUUUAAGAAAUUUGAUACAAGUAGGAAAUUUUUUGAAGAGCAUAAAUUGCUCGCUAUGUCCUCAUUUUGCGAAAGUCAUUCGUAUGUAUAUGUUACCAAUGAUGUACUACCAAAUAAUGUACAUACAUUUAUAUAUAUAUAUAUAUAUAUAUAUAUAUAUAUAUAUAUAUAGAUCUACGUAGAGAAAUACUAUAUCUCUAAAAUAUUUGUACAUACCUCGAACGACCAACGCAUCAAAUUUUAUUACACUUCCAACACAGAUGUUAUUUUUCUCUCGAUAUAUCGAAUUACAAGAACCGAGUCAUAUUUGGAUAUUAGACGCUUGGAAUUUCCUAUAUCCUUUUUCGCUUUAUAUAUAUGUACACAUACGAGUGUGUGUGUGUGUGUAUGUAUAUAUAUAUAUAUAUAUAUAUAUA